GUCUUCUGCAGUUUUUAAACUGUAGUAAAGAGGUAAAGAGAAUGGCUACCAUGUUGUGCAGAGGGGCGGGUCUAGCUGAAGCCUUGGUUAGGAAAACUGGCUCAAAGCUUCUUGGGGCAACUGCAGCCGCGAAAUUGGGUCAGCAGCAGCAACGAAAUUUGAAUGUACACGAACAUAUUAGUUACACUCUUCUAAAAGAUGCCGGUAUUCCAGUACCAAAAUUUGGUGUUGCAAAGACAAAGGCUGAAGCUCAAGAAAUUGCAAAAAAUCUGAACGUAAAAGGCAUUGUAUUAAAAGCUCAGGUACUUACUGGUGGGCGAGGAAAAGGAUCAUUCAAAAAUGGAUUGAAAGGAGGUGUUAAAAUGGUUGACACGCCAGAGGAAGCAGCAGAUUUAGCAGGAAAGAUGAUUGGUCAGUACCUGGUAACAAAACAGACUGGUGAAGCUGGACGUAUCUGUAAUUCAGUUAUGGUUACAGAGCGGAAGUUUCCACGCAAGGAAUAUUAUAUUGCUGUCAUGAUGGAGAGAGCAUUUGCUGGUCCUGUAGUGAUAGCUUCAUCUCAAGGUGGUGUUAAUAUUGAAGAUGUGGCAGCAGAGAAUCCUGAUGCCAUUCACUACGAACCCAUCAACAUUAUGGAAGGAAUAACUGAAAGUCAGGCAGAGAGAAUAGCUGAGAAACUAGGACUUGGUGGUGAUAAGAAGGCUAGGACAAUAGAUAUGUUAUUUCGACUUUAUGACCUAUUUGUUAAGAAGGACGCUCUUCUUAUAGAAGUAAAUCCUUAUGCAGAAGACACUGAUGGAAACUAUUUCUGCUUGGAUGCCAAAUUCCGUUUUGAUGAUAAUGCAGACUUCAGGCAGAAAGAGAUCUUUGCAUUAAGAGACUGGACUCAGGAGGAUGGAAAAGAAGUGGAAGCUGCAAAGUUUAAUCUCAAUUACAUUGCCCUUGAUGGUGACAUUGGCUGCCUUGUUAAUGGAGCUGGUCUUGCAAUGGCCACAAUGGACAUUAUCAAACUACAUGGAGGAAGUCCAGCAAAUUUCCUAGAUGUGGGUGGUGGAGCCACUGCACAGGCAGUCAAGGAAGCUUUCAAAAUUAUCACAGCUGAUCCUAAAGUCCAUGCCAUUAUGGUGAAUAUUUUUGGUGGUAUUAUGAGGUGUGAUGUCAUAGCUGAAGGCAUAGUUGCAGCUGCAGUGGACCUUAACCUGAAAGUUCCUAUCGUGUGCAGACUACAGGGCACAAAUGUGGAUGAUGCCAAGGUUCUGAUUGCAUCAUCAGGGCUCAAGAUACUGGCAUGUGACAACUUGGAUGAAGCAGCACGUUUAUCUGUCAAGUUGUCAAAUAUCGUCAGUUUGGCAAGAGAUGCCAAACUAGAUGUCAACUUUGAAAUUCCCCUGUAGGAGUUGAAGAUAGACUGCUGAUUCCCUCUGUAUAUUCCUCUACCCAUUUCUUUGUUUUGAUACCAUUCAUGAAGUUCAUGCACUCCACUUUCAUCUCUCAUUUUGAAUUUUAUUUUUGUGUUAAACUGCAUUGUUUUGAAUCUCUCUGCAUUUAAGUAAGUAUUGCAGACAUCUGGUAAUGUUUUUUUACAUUCAUUAUCAUAUUUAUGUUGUAUAAUAUGUGAACAAGUACUGUCAGUAUUGUUUUACAUUCUUCUAUGGGAAAUAAACAGUGUCCAAAUGGGACACUACAGAAGUUGUAUUAAUGUUAAUGUUGGUUAAUAUCAAUAAAUUUGUAUGAUAUGAUGUUGGGAAAAAGAAUUCAUUAUCAGUAUAAAUUUAAUAUAUCAAUAUAUCCUUUAACUUGGUAGCUUAUAAUUGCUCGUAUUUAUUCAGUAGUACUGAACCUCCAGAAAUCUGCUAAUUGCAUACAUUUUUGGAGAGAUGUUGAAUUGAUUUUAGAAGAGACUAAAUGUAUGAAUAGCCAUGCCAUUUGUGUAAUGAAAAUAAAAGUGUAAAAUUUAAGACUUGGAUAUUAUUAUUUAAAGAAUUUUGAAGAAGUGUUAAUUAAAAAUACAACUUGCCAUCCUAAUAUAUAUUGAAAUACUACAAUUUUAGUACAGAAGUACUAUAUAAAAUAUUUAUGAUUGAACUUAAUUAGUUACUCUUCCAAUUUAAUGAACCAAGUAAGCAAUCUGAUAUUGAUACAGAUUUUGUUACCAUUUGAUAUACUAACAGAAACAGAUGAAGCACACUCAUUUUAUAGAGAAAUUCUGAUCCCAGAGCACAUGAACUUCAUUUACAUUUUCACUGUAAUGUACUCUUUUAAACUUUCGAGACCUUGAUUGCAGUUUUGUAUGGUAAAAAUGUUGACUUCCAGAGCUCCCAGGUACGGUGCAUACACAAAAGCUGAUCGCAAAUAACUUCAUAUCCCUUCUGUCAUGCAUCAGAAGUGUGUUCCACUUCAAGUUUUCGAUUACAGGAUCGCAGUGGUAUGGUUGUCUCCAUUACAUCUGUUUCAUAGUACUGAUGGCUUCAGAAAUCUGUUUGGUAUAGCAAACGAAUAUUUCUAAUUGUAUUAGUGUGUACGUUUGCAGACCAAGUGUCACCAAGUUGAUAUGUAAUGAAACAAGACACUGGAGUGAGAACACACAAAAAUAUCUAUCUUUAUUGUCACUGGAAUUUGUUCAAGAGAAAAGUCAUUACGUGUGUUAUGUAUAGACUUGUGGAAACGUGAAAACAGUUUAAUCCCUGUUUGAUAUGGUAAAGUCUGGAAAUUAAUUUUAGAUAUGAAGAUGUGUUGUGUAUGUGUAUUUAUGGUGUGAAAGAUGGGCAGCAUUUGUGAGACCCUACUGUUAUAUGUAAGGGCAGUAUUUGAGGAACAAAAUUGAAUUGGCUUUUGAAUGAAACGUGCUUGGGCAGUUCUAGCAGUUGUUCUAGUGCAUGUACAAUAGUUUUGUUGAUAUAGUGUAAAUUUAUGUUUAUUGUAUGCUCUUUUAAUUAUCAGAAAUAAGAAAAUUGGCCACAAAAUAUUUGUUGUUAUGAAGAAGUCUUUGUUACAGAAAUACUAGAGCUCUCAUUCCCAGUAAGUUUCCCACCCUUAAUAAUUUAUACAUGAAGUAAUUCUGGAUUGUGAUUUUCAGAUGUAUUUUAUUUUUAUUGGUUUAGUUAUUUAUGUUCAGUUCAGUAUAUACAUGUUUAUUUGUAUCACAUUUUUAAGUAUAGAUCUUUUACAUGUUUACUAAUUUAGUGAUUAAGAUUGUUUUUUCUUCUUUCAUUUCCUCUUGCAUUAAAUGCAAUGAUCCUGAGAUGAAGUUAUGCUAUAUAAGUAGUAGGUAGCCAUAUUACUUGCUCUAAAGACAUUUUUUUUCUAAAAGGACUUAUCAUGAAGGGUUUGUCCAUAUUUUAGAAAUGGCAGGUAAGAUACAGAAUAAGACCAUGGUUUACAACAUAAUGAGAAAGAAGAAAAUGAUAUCUGUAGACAGUUGAGCUAUGCUGUUGCUUGCCUCUGUGUAUUCAUUAUAAUAUGCUUAUCUUACAGUGCAUGCAAGUAGAAUGAAUUUGUAUGAUGGCUCAGGAAUUAAAAUUAAAUCCAUCCUAGCUUAGCAAAGUUCCGUUUCUGAGAAGUCUAACUGGAAGCGCGGGGCAGACCGUGUGUCAUGGUAUAGUAGUACUACAGUGGAUUUUAUUUUCCUUCUAAAUUUAUGAGAAUCUGGUUUCAGAAUAUUAUAUAAAAUUAGGAAAUGUAUUUAUUAUUAGUCAUGGGAUAACCUGUUGUUUUGUAGGUUAUGUAUCUUUUUAACAUACUGAAGCUUUACCUGUGUGCAGGUGAGUGUCUUCUAGCUGUGAACAAACAGGUCCUCCUGAUGGAGUAAUGGAAAUUCUAUAUGAAUCAAUACCUGUGUCUGCAUACUACAAAUAAUACAUAAGUUUAUUAUGUUCUUUUUUCUUUUUCAUAUUCUUUGAAAAAUAAUAUUUAAAUUUGUACUUCCUGGAAUAGUAUAAGAAACAUCCACUAAGAAGGGUAAUUUUUGCUGUAUAAUUUCAACUUCUUUGAAGUUUUGUUCACUGUAAAUGGGUUUUGUAAGUAGAGAGGGAAUGUAUUGAAAUCAGAUUCAUGGAUUGUCUCAUUAGAUUUCCUCACAGGGGUUUUCUUAAAUGAUUUAUAAAAUUAGCCAUAUUUAUUCUUACUAUUGGGAAUGCAGUAAGGUGAACACAAUUUUAAAUGUAAUGUCAAAAAGUCAAAGCUAAAUGAGAUAAUUGAAACAAAGAGAAUAUUAACAUAAAACAGAGGAAUGAAAUGUGAUCAUUUCAUGGACUUUCUCAGUAUCAUUACACUUGUAUAUUUUUGCCCCUGAGCCUUUUAAGUGCCUUUACAAUUUCUCACCCUUACAUGAAACGUUAAUUUGGGUAUCUUAAUGUGGUCCCAUGUUAUGGUGGGCCCCUGGUUCUCUGGACAAAUUAACUUGUUUGCUCACUAACACAGACUGAUUUUACUGUCCUGGAUAAAUCUGCGAUUAUAGCAGAUAUGCUUCAUGCAAAAUUUAAGCCACACAGUUGAGUAUAUUUUAUUUCAAGUUACAGUAUUGAUAUUUCAAGAAAGCUUUUAGGGGAAAAUGUUAGCUGACUUUGACAUUAAAAUAAAAAUUAAUGUGCAUAUAGUGUCAGAGCCCUUGUAGUGAGGUAUUCUAGGAAUACCAAAGGGCCAUUUCUAUAAUUAUACAAGGAACUGAAGGGCAAGGUAUUAUUGAAAUGCAGGACCUAAGAUAGGGAGGAGCAAUGUGGAAGCAGUAUAGACACUUUAAUGGAGGUCAUUAUUUUUGGUGCAUUGUUUACAUUGAAUUCAGAGGUACCAUGUAGUGCAUCCUCUUUUAGUCAAUAAGUGGUCAUAAAGCCCAGUGUAUUUUAUCCAUUUUUGGCCACUUUCAGAAGAAUUUAGACAGUUAUAAAAGGAAACUUUACAUUAGUUUUACAUAAAUUAUUUAGACUUUUUCACAGAUAUAAAAUCAGACUGAUACAAGAUGCAGUGUAGUAUAAAGGUAGUCAUUCAUAUCUUACAUAUUUAGAUAUCUUUGAUAUUUGUGUAACUGUACCUUGUGGCAUGUAUUUUGGUAGUGGUGUGUGUUUUGAAAAUGUUGAGCUAACAACACCAAAACAUACAGACCUCUAUCAUAGGAAUCCCUGGAUGCUAUGUCUAGGCAUUUGAGCAACUUCAUUGUAGUUCUGUGUCUGCAUUGGAGACUUACAGAAGCAGGGAGAGAGGAUGGUGAUGAGAGGCUGGGCUGGAAGCAAUCUUGGCAUGUAUGAAGGGAAUUAUCACAGAAUUUAGCAGCUGUAUGAACUGAUAGCCCAGUUAGGAUAGUUCCCCUGAGUUGGAAGUGAAUCAUGAUGCUCCAGAUGUGGACCAGUUACAUUUGAUGAAUUCAUGGAGUUCUAAUACAAAGAGUCAUGAUAUGAAUAUGUGCACAGUAUUUAAAUGAUCUCUGUAUCAUAUCCCAAGACUGCUUGGUUGCCUGUGAAUAAGACUGGAUUUCUGUGCUGAAAGUGUUGGUUUGAGACCAGUCAAAGCCAAUGCAGAUUUUAGUAUAUGCUUUCCCUUUCUUUGACACUUUGUCAAAGUGAAAACUUUGGGUAGGUGAGGAACACCAGAUCAAUGCUAUGGUUUGGAUCCCACAGAAUUUUUUUAGCCAUCAUUAUUGUCUUCACUGUUAUCCUGUCAGUGGAAGUGAAGUGAAAAUCUUGCUCAUUGGGUGCUUUCAUAAACUUGGGUUUCUAGCUUUGAUAUAGGCCGCUGAGCAGAAAACAGGACAGUCAGAGAUUCAACCUGAAGGCAUAAGCUGCAACACACAGCUGCUGGCAUACAGAUUUUUAGUCUCUGUAGACAAAUAUCACAAUUACCCUGUGACAGCUGUCAGAUUCUUAUGCACCUUCCUAUUAAUAACCACCAGCCAUCAGAAACUUCAUGGCAGAACUACAGAAAUAAAAUUAAAUUCCAAUUCACACAUUGAAUAAGUUAAUGUGUUUAUAUGUACCAUGAACUCUAAGACAAGUUCUGAGUUGCAUGACUAAUAUAAUUUUGACAUGGAUUUUAUUAAACUUCAUGUGUUUGUUCCUUUGCCUCCCUCCCAUUUAUUUUUUCUUGCAGGGUAGUUUUGCUCAUACAGCUGGAGAGAUCAUGAAAAGUGCUAAUUUUACAACAUUGGAGAUGGAAAUAUAUUAUUAUACUGCCACUAUGUUGGCCAAUGAGAGAGCCAAAGAAUCAAAAGGAAAGGCAUCAUAAGGCCCAGAAUAAAGUAGUCUCUCUUCAGAUAGGUGUUGGUGCAGUGAUCCCUGAAUUAAAACUUGAUACAAUUUGCAUAACAAAAUGUUAUGGUGCGUAUUAUUCUCAGCCAAGAAAUGUCAAAAGUAUGUCUGAAAAAGUCUGUAAUUGUGGUAAUUCAUAAAAUUAGCUUUACAGAUGUAUCAGAAGUCAACAUAUUACUUUAACAGAGAUUAAAUUACAUUCAUUAUAAUGGAACAAAUUCAAGGAGUUGUAUUUUUAAAAAUUAUUCUUGUGGCAUAUUUGGAUUUUAUGUUUAUUUUCAGUUAAUUUCUGCCAAACGUAACAUUGUUUGAAAAUACAAAUGUGUGACUUGCAUAAGAGACCUGAAAUGAAUAUGGGGACCCCAAAAAUGCAUUACAUGAGUUUAAAUGGAAAUAAAGUACCUUAUGUGCCAUAUCAUUCUUCAAAUACUGAUGGGAAGAUAAUAGCAGAUAAUUUUGUCAUUCUUAUCAUUUACUGCUUUUACACAAUAUACAGUAUACUUAUCUGUUACUUCUAAGAAAUUAAAAAUAUGCCCCUUUUGUAGCUUUUGUUUGACUUUAUAUCUAGUCACAUUGAUUUCUCUAACCAGUUUAGAAGGUGAAUACCUCCUGAAUGCCAUAUUUUAAAUGACCGGCCUUUGAUGCAACACCACCCUUUUUUCCUGUACAUUUAUAGCCAGCAUUCAUUGCAGCUCCUAAAACACUGCCAUCUGUGUUUGUAGUAUUUGUCAAAUUACUUUCAGUAAACAGAAAAUGACCAAAAUUGUAAUUUUAUAUACAGAUCAGAAAUUGGAUUAUGAGAUUAGCAAAGUGAAUGUGGUGCUGCUUCAAAGGAUUGUGUAGCCAUGUAAUAUAUAUUUAAUUUAGUAUUGUAUUGCAAAUAUGACUCACUAUUUAUGGUAUAUUUGUAAAAGUGUUUUUGAAAUUAUCUCAUGUUACAGGAAUUAAAAUGCCUGCUGUUAAAUGCA